AUGCCCAUUCUUCCUACUUCAGCAGAAAUGAUUGGACAUUGCGCCUUCGAAGUUUCAGAGAACAUGCAGACUUAUGAGAAAUGCGCAGACUACAUUCAGACUCACUUCAUGCUUCUCAGAGAGGACUACAUCGAGCCUCUCCGUGCCGGCAUCAAGCUCUUCAUGCAAGGGCGCCACUCUCCAAAGGAUCUGCAUGUUUACACCGGUGUCAAGGUUGUUGGUGUGUUGAGCACAUGGGAAGGUCUUGUUUACCGCAUCGAGCUCCGCCGUGAAGAGAUUCGCAAAGUCAGCUGGGACAAGUCAAAGCAGCUCAUGUACGGCAGUUUGCUUUGCUUCUCGGAUGACGACUUCAAGUCCCUCAUCUGGGCAACGGUUUGGCGUCGAGACCCUGCGCUCAUUUCUUCGAAGGCGCAGCUGGACAUUCGGCUGCCUUUCGAUCCCUGGGACGACAGACUUUCGCCCGGCAAGGUGUUUUGCUGCAUAGAAAAUGUGACGAUUUACUUCGAGGCGUACAGGCACGUCUUGAUUGCGCUGCAAAACAUGCGGGCCACAGAUGUCCCCUUUCAGCACACGCUGCUGAGCCAGCAGCCCGAUCCGCUGCCCCCAACAUAUCUAAAGGAAGAGACGGACAUGUUCCACUUCCACAAUGUCUUCUCCAGUUGCGAGAAGGCGGAUUGCGAAGUCUCCGCUCCGAAGUCCUUCCGUAUUCUGGCAGAGUGGCCACCGGCUCUCCGACAGGCUCUGGAUCUGGACCCAUCGCAACUGGACGCAGUGCAGCAUGCGUUGACCAACCAGAUGGCCUUGAUUCAGGGUCCCCCUGGCACGGGAAAGACCUUUGUUGGAUUGAAGAUCGUGCAGGCAAUCUUGGACAACACGAAAGUCCUUCGCCAUUCGCCGAUUCUGGUGGUGUGCUACACGAAUCAUGCCUUAGACCAGUUCCUCGAAGGAAUCUUCAAGUUCUGUGAGAACAUUGUCCGCAUAGGCUCCCGCUCAAAGAGCGAGCAGAUGAUGCGAAGAAACCUCAAGGAACUCGUCAUGAGCGUGCCGUCAUCGAGGGAGUUCCAUCAGGCGCGGAAGUGUUUGACAGAGCGUCGGGACUACCUGCGAGACGAGCUGUCGAAGGCGAUUGUGCAGGUCGACAGCCACACGGUCUCUGCUGCUCAAGCCAAGUCGCUGAUGUCUGAGCAGCAGUUCGAGGAAUUCUACCAGGGUUUCUUGGACUAUUUGGGCGAUGCCAAAGACGACUUUCCAGAGGAUGCUUGGGUGGUCGAUGAUGAGAUCUGGGCGAGAGUCAUGAAGGAGUGGCUCGGAACAAGCGAUCCUUCAAGAUUCGCUCCGGUGCCGAAACAUCAGGGUGGUGGCCUGCCGUCGUUCAAGACUUUCGGGCUCACGGAAGACAGCGACGACGACGACUACGCACCGUAUGGUUCAAAAGACGAUGGAGACGAAGAGGAGGCGGCGAACGAGAUUUACGAGCGCAAGCUCGAUGUAGACAACGAGCAAACGGAGCAGGUGGAUGAAAAGCGGAAGAGCCGGAUGGAUUUCUUCCAGGAGUUGAACAAUGCCUGGCUGCCCUAUGUGGACGAGUACUAUGAGACCUUGACUCCGGAGAUGCGCAGUUUGGACUGGCGAGAGGAGAACUUGUGGCGGCUGCUGCCGCAGCAACGUCGCGAGUGUUACCGACAGUGGCUUGUUGAGGCGCAUGAAGAAGCACGAGGUAUACUCCCCGAGCUUGCGCACUUACUGGAACGGAACGCAGAGAGUCGAGCUGCUCUCGACCGAGAUCGAAAGCUGGCCGUUCUGCGUGAAAUGCAGGUCGUGGGCAUGACGACCACUGCCGUAUCCAAGUAUCAACAGCUUCUGAAG